UGCCAAUCGCAUUCCCGACGCCGGCACCGGAGGAAACGUUGGCUAUGUUGGGCGCGAGACGAAAUUGAUCGACGCUGUGAAACGAGCGGGGGCCGGGCAACGUAUAUCCAACCACCGUUGUACCACCGUUCCCGUUGCGCCCGUACCGAAAUGGCAGUGGGAAAAUUUCCGGCCGAUACUUGGAACCGGGCGAAUGCCGAUUAAAUACCGAUAUGGAUGCGUAUCGGUGUAUACGGUGGGCGAACGAAUCGAGAGUUAAUAACGAGGCGGUUGUUUGGAACGUAUAAACGCGAGUGCGAGGAUGGUUGUACCUCUCUCUGUACGUAUAUACGGUUUUGGAAGUGGCGGUUCGGUUGUUGGUUCGGUUCUUUUUUCCUGCGGUUUUUUUCUCUCCUCCCCUGCUGCCCCCUUCCCCUCCUCUCACUUCUUCCUUUGGAACGUUGGCGAGCAAAUUUGUCGUACAAUGUUCGGGUAAUUAUUAUGUAGGGUUUAGUACAUUUAUAUUCAUUAGUUUCUUUUUACUUUUUUUUAUAUAAUGUGAGUCUUGGAAUUUAUUUAUUUUUCUUGGAUCUAUCUUGGAUGGAACGAGGUCAUUGUAUUAUGCAGUGUUUGGUUAAUUAGGAAUUAAUAAGAAAUAUAUAUUUUUUUUAUUCUUCGUUCGACAAUUACCGGAAAUAUAAAGAUAUCCUUCAAAAUUAAUAUAAUAGAAAUAUAAUUACAUAUACAUAUAUACUUGUUUUUUUUCCAUUAUUUAUAUAAAAAGGAAUUAUUAUUAUUGUUAAACAACAGAAAUAUAUUUCUAUUAUCAUUACAUGUACGUUAAUUUUUUAAAUUGUUUUCAAAUAUAAUUAUAACAUACACAUAUAAUUGAGAAUUUUUAAAAAAAUUAACUCAACUUUACGAUAAUUUUAUACAUUCUUUCUUAAUUUUUCUUUAUCAAAAUUAAAGAUAAAGUUGUCCAAAAUAUGUGAUAUAUUUCAGAUAUCCCGACCCGGUUCGAGGAACGACCUCUUGAAUUUUUCAUCGGCAAUUUGUUAAGCUUUCCCGCGGUCCGCGGCCGUUCACGAUCACGGACAAACGUUUUCCCCGGCGGCGUUUCUAUAUGGCGUUACAAAUCGGCCCGGGAUUCCGGGCGUGCCGGCUGAUUUGCGCUAAUCUCGAGAUCUGUCCAUGACGGAUUUGUCGCGGUCGAGGCCCUAAAUGGCUCGCUCCAAAGUCCGAGGGACUUUUUCCCCCUGUCUGAUUCUGAUUUUCUGGUAUCCACGAUACGUGAUUCGCGAUCAGGACCAGCACGGUAAUAAAAAAAAAAAGAAAGAAAGAAAGAAAAAGAAAAAAAAGAAAAACGCCGCGAAGUGUUGCGCAAUCUCUACUCGCGAAUCCACCUUGUUGUUGUUGUCCACCUUGUUUUUUCUGUCUAUGGUCGUGAUAUACACAGCUGACUGAACCGUGAGCGACGCAAUCGCCUCGUGAAACGUGAUUUAUUUAUUCAAGAAAAAAGGAACGAUUUUCAGAUCGUAUUUUUUUAAUUUCUUGUAUAAAUUGGACGAACGGAAUGGAUUAAUAAUUGGAUUGAAUCGUACAUCACCUUUUCUCGUUGUACGUUAUAUUAGAAGAUGAUAUAGGAAUUUUUCUUUCUUUCAUGAUUAUAUAAGAAAGAAAAUCAAAAAGAUACUCUUAUCAAUUUCAUCAAACUUUUGCAACAAUUUUUUUCACCAUUUGCAAAAUUAGAUACAUUUCACAAGAAAAAAAGAAAAUCACACGAUACUCUUCCAAACAGACUCUUCCAUCAUUCUCUUCCUCAUCAUCAUCGCCUUAAUAAUUCCACGAUAUUUCAAAUCCCACGAACGCUCAGCCGCACAAACCACUUACCAUCCACGCACAUACUUCAUCAUAUACCCGAACAACGUGUAUUUCAUAGGCGGAAGAGAUCCAAGCAGCGCUAUCUCCCGCGUGCAAACUCCACGCCACCAUGACCUCUUUCGCACACAGUCUCGAUGACAGCCAAGGAUCACCUGGCGUACAGGAGUCUUUCUCCUGCGCGUCUAAGAUCGCAGGAGAUUACCGUUUGGAUCCGUUUUCAUCCCGCUUUCAUCAUUACCACUUUGUCACGGCGUUCGCCGUUGUUCCUGAAUCCAGCCGAUUAAUCAACGCCAUCUGCCGCCACUGAAAAUCCUUCCGAUUCCACGUUUCUCCUCGAUCAUCUCACGCCUUGGAUCUCUUGUCGGCCGCUUCUUCUUCGUUGGCCUGAAAGUCUGUUGCAAUCGUUUUGGGAGAGGGAGAGAGAGAGAAAGUCGGUUGAUACACGGUUAUUGGUAACAGCGAGUGAUUCAUUGGUGACACACGGUCGGAUAAUUUGAUGAACGCAUUAUAUCGAAAUUUAAAUUUGGGGCACACGGAUCGAUACCUGGUGGAUGAUUGGUCGAUCUCGUUUGGAAGUGGUACCGUUAUCGUGAAACGCCCACACGGUAGUAGCAUCAAGUGGAAUUCGUUUGGAUCCAGUUUCUCUCCCGCAAUCGAAUAGCAAUUGAACGCUGAUCUAAACACAAAAGUGACUCUCUCGCGAGAGUGGUAAAUUUCAAAUUUUGGAUUUGGAUCGCAAUUAUUUAUAUAAUAUUUAUAUUUUGUCGAAUAUUCACAUUGGUCGGAGAAAAUGCAGGAGGGACAUUCGAUUAGCGCAAAGCUCGAGCACGGAGAGGUCUCCGCGUCGUAAAUUAGUUCACGAUGCGCCGCUUUCAAGGCGGUUUUAUCGUCGGCCGACAGGCGUUUAACUUUACGACCAGCCGCGUACAACGCUCCAUCCAGCUAUCCACCCUUUCGUAGAUCAUGCCUUCGUCCCCCGACCUUCCCCAUCCUUCCGUAGAGGGAUUCGUCGUGCUAAUUCCCGUGAGACGCGUAACAUUAACUUGACGUUUAAUCCAAGCAAGAGAAAUCUUGGCGACUUGGGUUUUAUAUAUAUAUAUAUAGUCACGAUAUCAUGUCUUUCUUUGGGAGAACCUACAAUAACUUAGGCAGUAUAUCCGAAUGCAAGAACGGGGGAGUGUGCGUGAUAAACAAGAAGAACCGUACAGCGUGCAAGGCGUGUCGCCUUCGAAAAUGUCUGAUGGUCGGGAUGUCGAAAUCUGGCUCGCGGUAUGGCCGUCGUUCGAACUGGUUCAAGAUCCAUUGCCUUCUCCAGGAGCAGACGAACGGGAAUCAGAGCGUGACGUCGGGCGGUGCAUCCCCGUUUGGGCCAGGUUUUCUUCCGGGAUUCCUGCCGCAGGCACCGGGCCAGCAAAGCAGCGGGAUUUACAAAGACGGAAAGGAUCGCGCCUCGCCUAGUCAAGAAGACCUAGCCCUUCAAUCCCACUUGUUGCACGUGGCCAUGUUGAAACAGGAACGGGACAGAGGCAACAAGUCGCCCCAUCCGGAUGACGUGGCGUUGCAGAACCAGCUCCGUCUGUUGGCAUGGCAGAAAGAGCGGGAAAGGGUGAGUGGUAAUCAACAGCCGCCCGGGACGCCGCCUAGGGACACUUUAACGCCACCGUUCUACAAGCAGCAGCAGCAGCCUCAACACCCCGUCUCCCCAAUAUUGCCCAUGAAUUUCACGCAAAAGGACGGCAUCCCUACCAGCCCCUCGGACGUGUUCCGACCUUUUCUACCCACCUACAAGAGGACAGCCGACACCCCGAGCGACAGCGGGGCGUCGUCUGUCGAAGGGGGCGAUGGCCAGGACACCGAGUCAAGGAGUAACUCGGCGUUGAGCUACUUCAAGGCGAGCACCUCGUCGCCGACACUGUCGGAACGCGAGUUCCCGGCCAAGAAGAUCAACGCCACUGUCACGUUGACGACAGGAUUCCAUCCUCAUUCCAGCCUGAGCCUGAUAUACCCUCCACCGGGUCUGAUCACACCGGCAGCGUCCCAACUCUCUCCCAGAGGCGGUGAUCUCCUUCUGGUCAGCCCGAGCCCUGGCGGUCUCGCUGUUGAACAGGACGAACCGAUAGAUCUGAGCGUCAGAUCGACGCGAAGUUCCCCGAAACCAAGCCAAUCGGCUGAAGAAGACAACAGGUCGAACGACGUUGAGUGCGAUCGAGACAGCCCCGCGAAAGAGGAGACAACCACGAAGAGUAAGCCAUUGGAUCUGACGUUGGGAGUGAAGAGGCCUGCGGAGUUGCCUAUGUCGUUGUGAAGAGCGAUCUUUGAGGACACGUCUUGAAGGUUCACGAUGGGCUGGUCCCAGAACAACUGGCGCGCAGUAUACUGGAUAUCGCAUCCGAUUUGGUAUUGCCAAAUUGCCUCGUUCGACCCGAUUUCUUGAAUCGACGAGCAAAGUCGAAUUAAAAAAGGGGAGAUACGAAGAAGAGGACACGCGCGAGAGAGGACGUUGGAAGGAAGGAAGGGAGAGAGGAAGGGAAUCGUGGCAGAAAUCCAUCCGAAAAUGUGUUCAAACUUGUACAUACGUAGUUGACUUCGAUCCGAUUCGGAAGACGAGAGAAUUAAUUUAUUGUGAUCGAAUUAUAUACGUGGAUUGAGCAUCUUUUUUUCUUUGUUUCGAAACAUUGGACGUUGUAUGUCGCGUGCGCAGACGGGAAAGAAGCAGGAGAACUAAGUGAAGUAAGUUCUUGUAUAAAAGUAACAAAAAAAAAACCAUAAAGUCGCGGAUAUAUCGGCCAGUAGUGGAGUGCCUUAAUAUAAUAUAUUUAUAUUCCUAAAUAUCGUAUAUUGUAUAUGUAUAAUGUAUACUUGGAAUGGACCGCUUUAGAAUCAUUUUAUUUUUUUAUCGUUAAGCACGAUCUGCAUCGUGAAUUAUUAGUCAUUCAUCAUUGUACAGCGAAAUAUAUCGUGGUAAGCACGGUAAAGUCGAUCGUCGAUCAGUGAUCAAAUCACGACGAUAUAGGCCAGUUAAUAAAAUUGUGCGAGAGAGAGAGAGAGAGAGAGUGAGAGAGAGAGAGGGAGAGAAAGAGAGAGAGAGAGAGAGAGAGGAAAAAGGUGCGCGUGUAAGUUAAGAGGGGAGGAGGAGAGGAUUGCGAAUAAAAAAUAUCGCUUCUAUGCUUCCGCUUGGAUUCUCUCGACUGGCGUUAAUUGGCCAACGUUUUUAUUCAUGCUCUACUCUUUCAAGAAUUCUUUAUACCAGAUUUAUUUUUUUUUUCUCUCUUUUCUGUAUAUAAUAGCAAGUAAGAGGUGAAGCGCACGAGCGGCCAGUAACCAAACAUAAUGCGAAAUUAAAAUAUUUUUGUUUUAUCUAUUAAACAAGCUUCUGUGUAGUUUCUUCUGAAAAAAAAAACCUUUCUCUUCCUUCGUCACCUGUUUCGACGAAAUAGAGGAAAUAUAGUUGUUUUUCUCUGUGUAA